GCCAGCCAGCGGGCGCCUCAGAGGCUCCCGGAAAUGACGUCGAGGGAGCUGGAGCCUCGCUCGGCGGCCUCCCCUCCCUGCGGUGACAUUUCCACCCUCCGUCCGGCUCCUUCUUUCCCUCCCUCCCUCCCUCCUUCCUGCCGGGCUGAGGCGACGGCGGUAGCGGCGGCGGAGGCGGCGGGAAGAGAAGCCCCGGCCCUGGCCCCUCAUGGUCCACCUGGCCUGUUCCGCGGGGCCUGAGGCCGGGAAGGGCAGCCGCCCCCGACGUCUGGGUGUGUGUGGGGGGAAGAAGCUCCGGCUGUGGAGGCGCCGGCCGUGCCUGAGUGAAUUGGUUGAGGAAAUGCAGCCAGAAUGACACCUUUGGACACUCGAGGCUUCUAUCUGCAGAACAGGUACAAGCAGUGACAGCAGUAGUUGAAGGAUCGUUUUCCAUCUUAAGCCCUUAGACUAGCUUGCACUAUCUACUAGACUUGUGCUCCAUGCUUUGAGACCAGGAGAGACUUAAAACUCUGAAAUGAAGAUGGAGGCAGUAGACAAAGCAGAAGAACUCAUUGACCCAGAAGUCCCACCAAAACUCUCAGAAAAACAAGAGGAAACUCUGGGUGAAGAAGGAUCUAUAGAACUAGACAUGCCUACUCAGAAGGAAAGUGGAGCUGUUGUGGAGGAUUCAGCAGUGCUUGCCUCAAUGCCAUGCUUGUUGAUGGAACUGAGACGAGACUCAUCAGAAUCUCAGCUAGCGUCAACAGAGAGUGACAAGCCAACAGCUGCUCGUGUGUAUGAGAGUGACUCUUCCAACCACUGCAUGCUGUCCCCUUCUUCCAGUGGGCAUUUGGCUGAUUCAGACACUCUGUCUUCUCCCGAAGAGAAUGAGCCCAGCCAAGCUGAAGCAAUUAUAGAGGGAGACUCUUCUGCAGUCUCAGGGUCUACUGUUGGGAGAAAGGUUAGGCGCUCCAGGUCAGAAAGUGAAACCUCAACGAUGGCUGCUAAGAAAAACCGGCAGUCUAGUGAUAAGCAGAAUGGUCGUGUCACUAAGGUCAAAGGUCAUCGGAGCCAAAAGCACAAAGAGAGGAUUCGAUUAUUGAGGCAGAAACGGGAGGCAGCUGCCCGCAAGAAGUACAACCUGCUGCAGGACAGCAGUACCAGUGAUAGUGACCUAACCUGUGACUCAAGCACGAGUUCAUCAGAUGAUGAUGAAGAAGUUUCAGGAAGCAGCAAGACAAUCACUGCAGAGAUACCAGCUGGCUUCAGUCGUGCUGGGGGAUCUGGAGGAGCGACCGGGGAAAUUCCAGGAUUGCUUGACAGGGGCAACGUAUGGGAUAGGAACUGCAUAGGCAGCGUCCUGGAAGAGGCCAUGAACUGCUUUGCCGAGAUGCAGAGGCAGACAGAGGAGAAGUUUCGCAUGUGGAUAGAAAAGCUCACCCGUCUUGACACGGAUGAAGAAAGCAAGCAGCAGCUGGAUCCCAGAGAACCUAAAGUACCGCUAGCUGGCCAAAGAACCUCCCCAGCUACUCAGGCAGGGGUAUUUGUACAGGUGCCUGAUAGCCAAGUACUUUCACAGCAGUCCUUUCAUUCUUAUGCGAGCUAUGAAAACGCUGGUGCAGCCUUAGAGUUUCCAGCAAAUUUUAAUAACAAUUUCCCAUCUAACUUUCCUGAAAAUGGAAAUAUUGCAGAAGCCAAGUUGAAUCAAUCACAGACUUAACAAGGUUCUCACAUGUUUGGGUUUGACUUGGAUCGUAAUACAAAAAGUUGACCAUUGUUUUCCAUGUGGAUGUUUGUUUUUCUCAUUUUUAAAGGCUUUUUAAUAGUCUGUAUUUGUUUGGUUUGUGUUUUUGAAAAAGAAAAUAGAUGUGCUUGGUUUGUUGUUAAAGUGCUUCUCUUCUCCAACUUGCCAUCAGCAAAGCUUGACAAGAUACAAUUUAAGAAUUAUCUUUUGUGUGUCUUAACUGUGAGAGCAAUGGAUGUAUUCCUCCGGAUGAUCCUUUUGCAUGCCAAAAGUGUUUAUAUAUGGAAAUACAAAUUAAGAAUUGAAAGAAUCCUUAUGUACCCAUCUGAAUAUGUCCUGUGUAUAUUUUCUUAAACAAAUGCUAGUAUCAACAUUAAUAGAAUAACAUAUUACUUGCCAUUUUUUUCUGUUGUUCCUUGAGUUGAAAAGAAGCUGGUCAGUAUCAUCUCCCUUUUUAAGCAUAUAUUUUUGUGAUAGGUUUUUGUGUUUGUAAUUUUACUCUUAGAGAAACCAUAGGUUUUGUUAAGCUGCUAGAACUUAAAGGCCUCACUAGACCCUGAAGGUCUCAGGAAUUUGAGAGGAGCAAUAGGUAUGUUACCCCAGUAUAAUACCAAUUUUAGAGACUGCAAAAUUUUGAUUAAGAAUGGUUGUGAAAGAACUUACUGUACACAUGUUAUUGCUUUAAAGCAGAGGUUGGUAGUCCAUUUUUAAAAUUUAUUGUUAUUUUGCUACUCAAACCCUCUGUGGGAUGCACCAGCCCUAGAAAUACAAAAAUCAAAACAGGUGGUAGUUGAGCAUGUACAGUACUUCUGGUAUCAUUUGGCGCGAGGGUUGGAGUCUGGAACUGUUUAGUUAAAAGAAGGCGGCUAAAUAAAAAAUUAAAAAAAUUGACAUGCAAGACGAGGGCACUUGAGGGACCCAGGGGGAAUGGGAGGGGGAAAAACAACCCUUUGAGAUUACACUUUGACCACAACUGCUUUAAAGACUUGAGCUUCCUGUCCAGACACACAGAGAGUGCAUGUGUGUCGUACAUGUCCACAUGGUUUUUUGAUGCUGCAGUUCCAAGUCCAUUUGACAUAACAAGUUUUAUUGUGAGGAUUAUGUUCUGAAUUGGCAUAAAUGAAUGAUGAAGGUAUGUUGGUUGUAACCCAUAGAACUUCUUCAGAUAGAUUGUGCAAGGCCUGCAU